UGUAACUUGGGGUUCAGCUCACGAACGGACCACGCACCUCUCCGCUCGGGCAACCUCUCCCUGUCCCCACCAGGGAGCGGGACCGGUUCAACCGCCCCUGUGUUGACACACUGCAGUCUCCACAUCUAACCUUCCAUAGUUAAACACACCAGUGCUGCCUUGCAUGAAGCUUGCAAGCCCGCUGCACACUGGAAGGGUCGCAAUAGUCUUCAAAUAAAAACGCAUUUGGCUGUCUUUUUAGUGGGGGGAGCUGAGAUGGCUGCGAGGUGUGCAGAGCUCCGGGGAAGUGUGCGUUCACAGUGCUGAGGGUGGGGACGGUUCGCAGUCUUUGCUCCGCCCUGCAUCAGCCGCUGGGAGGACUUGUCCUUGUGAGCUGCGCAUUCCCCGGUCGGAGGAACUUCGCUGGAAACUUUCUCCAGGCGAGAUGUGACCCAGUUGCCACCAGCCCCUCACUCCAGGAUCGAGUUGGGAUGCUGACUGCAAGUCGCUGCACUUGUUCGACCGCGACUUUGUGAAACUUUCAGUGGCUGGGGGGUCCCGGUGGGGCGAGAUGAUGCAAGGGAGAGUGAACCGACUCUUCAAGAAGGAGUUGCAUGUCGUGGAGCCGGUGCAGAAGUGCAAAUGUGCGGCCGGCGACCCCGAGCUGGACGUGGGGCAGACUCCCCUGAGUGAGAUCACCGACAAGACCCUAGAUGCUAAACCAAAGGACAUUGAACCGAUUGACUAUGAGAAUGUCUUACUACAGAAGAAAGCACAGAUUAUUAGUGAUCCUUUACGGGACAUGCUGAUUUUUCCGAAUGAGGAUUUCCAGAUCAAGACCUUGAAACGUCAUGGGCGAACACUGUGCUCCACCGUGCCAGAGAAUGCAAGGAGAGAAGCCCAGAGCUUGCUUGUCACAGAAUGUAUUAAGACCUACAACUCCGACUGGCAUCUCAUUCACUACAGAUAUGAGGACUACUCGGGAGACUUCAGGAAGCUGCCAAACAAAGUUCCAAGACCGGAGAAGCUUCCCGUCCACGUGUUUGAAGUUGAUGAGGACGUUGACAAAGAUGAGGAUACGGCAUCCCUUGGGUCACAGAAGGGAGGAAUAACCAAACAAGGAUGGCUGCUUAAGGGCAACAUGAACAGCGCAAUCAGUGUGACCAUGCGGUCGUUCAAGAGGCGCUUUUUCCACUUGACACAGCUUGGAGAUGGCUCCUACAUUCUCAAUUUCUACAAAGAUGAGAAAAUCUCCAAGGAACCAAAGGGCUCAAUCUUCCUGGAUUCGUGCAUGGGGGUGGUGCAGAACAGCAGAAUACGGCGAUAUGCCUUUGAACUGAAGAUGCAAGACAAGAGCAGUUACCUGUUGGCAGCUGAAAAUGACCUAGAAAUGGAAGAGUGGAUCGGAUCGUUGAAUAAAAUCCUCCAAAGUACUUUCGAGGCUGCCAUGCAAGAGAAGAGGAACGGAGAUUCGUUGGAGAUUUCUGACGAUGAAUUACCUGGUCAGGGGAAGACGGAACACAUCACCAGCUGGGAUAGCCUGCACUAUGAUCUUGCAAAGAGCACAAGAGAAAUAGAAACCAAAAAAAAUGAAGGCAGAUUGAAGCUUUUCAUUCUGGAUGCAGACACUCAGAAACUUGACUUCUCCAGCAUUGAACCUGAUGUGAAGCCUUUCGAGGAGAAGUUUGGAAUCCGUUUUUUGGUGAAAUGCAACGAUUUAGUCUUCAAUCUGCAAAGCUGUGUGGCUGAAAAUGAGGAGGGGCCCACAACGAAUGUGGAGCCUUUCUUUGUCACACUGGCUCUCUUCGACAUCAAAGACAAUCGAAAGAUCUCGGCUGACUUCCACGUGGAUCUGAAUCACCCAAGUGUCCGACACAUGCUGUCAAACUCCACGGUUGUGAUGAAUGGCGGUGAGGGGUUGACCUCAUCCCAGAAAUCCAUCAACGGCAUUCCCGAAAGUUUGCUGCAGUAUCCAAAACAGGGGAUUUUCUCUGUCACCUGCCCUCAUCAAGACAUAUUUCUUUUUGCCCGGGUGGAGAAGGUUCUGCAGGGAGGUAUCACCCAGUGUGCGGAGCCCUACAUGAAGAGCUCAGAUUCGGCUAAGGUUGCACAAAAAGUGUUGAAGAACGCCAAGCAGGCUUGCGCCAGACUUGGGCAGUAUCGCAUGCCUUUUGCCUGGGCUGCAAGACCUGUCUUCAAAGAUACUCAGGGGACACUUGACAAGAAUGCACGAUUCUCUACACUUUAUAGGCAAGAUAGCAAUAAGCUCUCCAAUGAAGACCUGCUCAAAUUGUUGUUGGACUUCAGGAAACCAGAGAAGAUGUCUAAGCUUCCAGUUAUUUUGGGGAACCUGGACAUUACCAUUGACAAUGUGACUCCAGAUUUUCCGAGUUGUGUAACCUCUUCAUACAUCCCAGUGAAGCGUUUUGAAAAUCUUGCAAGGUCUUGGUUACUCACGAGGGUGGAGGAAUUUUUUCCUUGUAUAGCAAAACUUUCUCAACCGUUCACCACCUACAACAACCAUCUCUAUGUUUACCCAAAACAUCUGAAGUAUGACAGUCAGAAAUCAUUUGCAAAAGCGAGGAACAUUGCCGUUUGUAUGGAGUUCAGGGACUCUGAUGAGGAAGAUUCACAGCCUCUGAGGUGCAUUUACGGGAGACCUGGGGGUCCUGUUUUCACAAAGUGGGCUUUCACUGUGGUCUUGCAUCACCAUCACAACCCAGAGUUCUACAUUAAAGUGGAGCUCCCAACACAAUUGCACGAGAAGCAUCACUUGUUAUUCACUUUCUACCAUGUCAGCUGUGACAACUCGAGCAAAGGCACCACCAAGAAGAAAGAAACCAUUGACUCACAAGUUGGCUAUGCUUGGCUGCCCAUUCUGAAGGAUGGUCGUGUGGUGACCAAUGAAAAUCAGAUCGCUGUCUCAGCCAAUCUACCUGUUGGCUACUUAAGCUACCAGGAGCUGGGAAUGGGAAAGCACACUGGUCCUGAAAUCAAAUGGGUCGAUGGAGCCAAACAUAUCAAAGUUGCCACACACCUCGUGUCGACGGUCUACACCCAGGACCAGCACCUCAACAACUUCUUCCAGUAUUGCCAGAAGUGUGACUCUGGAGCUCAAGCUUCGGGGUCAGAACUCGUCAAGUUCCUGAAGAGUUUGCACGCAAUGGAGGUCCACGUGAUGAUUAACUUCCUGCCCACAAUCCUGAACCAGUUGUUCCGAGUUCUUGCCCCCACCCACGAGGAUGUUGCAGUUAAUGUUACCAGGGUUCUCGUCCACAUCGUUUCCCAGUGUCACGAGGGUUUGGAGCACUAUCUGAGGUCCUACAUUAAGUUCGUUUUCAAAACUGAACCUUGGAAUUCAUCGAAGUGCAAGACCGUACACGAGGAGUUAACCAAGUCCAUGACCGUUCUGUUGAAGACCACGGCUGACUUUCUCACCUGCAACAAGCUGCUCAAGUAUUCUUGGUUUUUCCUGGAGGCGCUGAUAAAAUCAAUGGCACAGCAUCUUAUAGAAACCAACAAACUGAAGUUAUUCCGGAACCAGCGAUUCCCUGCCUCUUACCAGCACACAGUGGAGACACUUGUUAACCUGUUAAUGCCGCACAUCACACAGAAGUACAAGGACAAACCAGAAGAGGCUCGGAAUGCAAACCACAGCCUCGCUGUCUUCAUUAAGAGGUGCUUCUCACUGAUGGACAGAGGAUUUGUUUUCAAGCAAAUCAACAAUUACAUAAAAUGGUUCAGUCCAGGGAGCCCAAAGACACUCUUUGAGAUGAAGUUUGAAUUUCUGCGGGUUAUUUGCAACCACGAACACUUCAUUCCCCUAAACUUGCCGAUGCCUUUUGGGAAAGGCAGGGUUCAGAGGUACCAAGACCUGCAACUUGACUUUACCUUGUCGGACGACUUCUGCAAAAACCACUUCCUGGUGGGACUCCUUCUGCGGGAGGUCGGCAGUGCCCUGCAGGAGUACCGAGAUGUGCGUCAGAUGGCCAUCAGCGUGCUCAAGAGCUUGAUGAUUAAGCACACCUUUGAUGAUCGAUACAUGGCUAAGAGCCAGCAGGCCAGGAUCGCCACGUUGUACUUGCCGCUGUUUGGGCUUCUCCUGGACAAUGUCCAACGUAUUAACGUCAAAGACUGCUCACCGUUCCCAAUCAACCAGCCUAGCAACGGAAGAAAGGAAGAUCCUUUGCACAUCUUACAGACAGGAACAGCCACCAUGACUCCACAGAGGUCUGGAAACUCGCUGGACAACAGCAUCCACAGGGAUGUCUUUGGCGUCAUUUCCGGUACAGCUUCUCCACAUGGAUCCUCCACCCCAUCCAUCAGUGCCGUGAGGCAUGCCGACUCCAGAGGCUCUUUGAUAAGUACGGACUCUGGCACCAGUCUCCCUGAACGAAAUGCAGAGAAGAGCAAUUCGCUAGAUAAGAACCACGGAUGUGUUGGAAGCUGUGUCGUGCGCUGUGACAAGCUGGAGCAGUCGGAGAUCAGGAGUCUGCUCAUGUGUUUCCUACAUGUGUUGAAGAGCAUGUCUGAUGAUGCGCUGAUUACUUACUGGAACAAAGCUUCUACCCCAGAGAUGAUGGACUUCUUUACGAUCUUAGAAGUCUGUCUGCACCAGUUCCGCUAUAUGGGAAAACGAUACAUUGCAAGUGUAAGAAAGGUUUCCAGUGUUCUUGGGAUUUCUGUAGACAAUGGCUACGGACAUUCUGAUGCUGAUGUUAUUCAUCAGUCACUCUUGGAGGCCAACAUCGCGACUGAAGUGUGUCUGACUGUGCUGGAUAUAAUGUCUUUGUUCACCCAUGUUUUUAAGGGCCAACUGCUCGCCGACCACGGACACAACCCUUUGAUGAAGAAGGUUUUCGAUGUCCACCUCUGCUUCCUGAGGAUCAAUCAGUCGGAAACAGCACUGAAGUCCGUCUUUGCUGCUCUGCGGAACCUGGUCUACAAGUUUCCAUCCAUGUUCUUCGAAGGCAGGGCCGACAUGUGCGCUGCCAUGUGCUACGAGAUCUUGAAGAGCUGCAACGCGAAGUUAAGCACGAUCCGGGGCGACGCAUCCACACUCCUCUAUUUCCUGAUGAAGAACAACUUUGAGUGGACGAGGAGGAGGUCCUUUGUGAGGACUCACCUGCAGGUGAUCAUCGCAGUCAGCCAGUUGAUAGCUGAUGUGAUUGGAAUAGGAGGAACGAGAUUCCAGCAGUCGUUGGCCAUUAUUAACAACUGUGCCAAUAGUGAUAGAGCUGUAAAGUCCACAGGAUUCCCUUCUGAAGUCAAAGACCUAACCAAACGCAUUCGCACGGUGCUGAUGGCCACAGCUCAAAUGAAGGAGCAUGAAAACGAUCCGGAAAUGCUGGUGGAUCUUCAGUACAGUCUGGCAAAGUCCUACGCCAGCACUCCCGAGCUGAGGAAAACCUGGCUGGACAGCAUGGCAAAAAUCCACGUCAAAAACGGGGACCUCUCUGAGGCAGCCAUGUGCUAUGUCCAUGUAGCAGCUCUGGUGGCUGAAUACCUCAGAAGGAAAGGUAUAUUUAAGCAAGGUUGCUCAGCAUUUAAGGUGAUAACACCCAACAUCGAUGAGGAAGCAGCAAUGAUGGAAGAUUUAGGAAUGCAAGAUGUCCACUAUAAUGAGGAUGUGCUGAUGGAGCUGUUGGAACAGUGUGCAGACGGACUCUGGAAGGCAGAACGUUACGAACUCAUUUCCAAUGUUUACAAACUGAUCAUCCCGGUUUAUGAGAAAAGGCAGGAGUUUGAGAAACUUGCUCAUCUCUAUGAAACCCUCCAUCAAGCUUACAAGAAAAUCGCAGAGGUUAUGCACACAGGAAAGCGACUUCUUGGCACCUACUUUCGAGUCGGCUUUUUUGGGCAGGGCUUCUUUGAAGAUGAGGAUGGAAAGGAGUAUAUUUAUAAAGAGCCAAAGCUGACACAGCUGUCGGAGAUCUCUCAGCGCCUCCUGAAGCUUUAUUCAGACAAGUUUGGCUCGGAGAAUGUAAGGAUAAUCUAUGAUGAUGGAAAGGUCAAUCCAAAGGACCUGGACUCAAAGUACGCCUACAUUCAAGUCACCUACGUGACGCCGUUUCUUGAUGAGAAGGAAUUGCAGGACAGGAAGACCGAUUUUGAGAAAAGCCACAACAUUCAGCGGUUUGUAUUUGAGAUGCCUUUCACGGUGUCGGGAAAGAAGCAAGGAGGAGUGGAUCAACAGUGCAAGCGAAGAACUAUCCUAACCACUAUGCACCACUUCCCCUACGUGAAGAAGAGAAUCCCUGUGAUGUACCAGCAGCACAUCGACCUGAAUCCCAUUGAGGUUGCGAUCGACGAAAUGAGCAAUAAAGUGUCAGAGCUGCAGAUACUGUGUUCUUCUUCUGAUGUCGAUAUGAUCAAACUGCAGCUCAAACUCCAAGGCAGUGUCAUCGUACAGGUCAAUGCUGGGCCAUUAGCUUACGCCCGCGCCUUCCUGGAGGAGGCCAACGUGAAGAAGUACCCGGACAACAAAGUGAAGCAGCUGAAGGAAGUGUUCAGGCAGUUCGUCGAAGCUUGUGGACAGGCCUUGGUUGUAAACGAACGCUUGAUCAAGGAAGAUCAGCUGGAAUAUCAGGAGGAGAUGAAGAGCAACUACCGGGAGAUGGUCCGCGAGCUAUCCAACAUCAUGCACGAACAGAUUUCACCGGAGGAUGAGGGGAUGAAGAUCAGUCUCCUGCCCAACUCAUAUCACAUCUUCAAUGCAAUCAGUGGAACGGCCAGCGGGACUGUGGUCCAGGGCAUCUCAAACUCGUCCUCCCUGGUCUGACAGUUCGCACGUAGAAGGUUACCAUCAGCAAAGUCUUUACCUUGCAUGUUUUCACUCAGGAUACUUCCCACACAGGAUGGCAGAUGAGUCCAGCCUUAACUCUUAGAGAAGUGAGGCCAUCUGGGUUGUGAACCCAAAGGAAACCAUGUUUGCACAUUUGAGCUCCAGAGAAUGUAUUUGAAUUUUAAGUGUUCUCUGCAGAGCCUUGCUAGUCUGCAUAUUACUGUACAGAUUUUAGUAUUCCGUGGUGGAACUGGGUCCAUUGCUUUGCUACUCAAACCUGUCUUAAAAGUAUAGACUUUGUAUGUUUAAUAUAUUGGGAAGGAAAAAAAACAGGGAAAUAAUGUUAGCAUCAAUAUUUUUGCUGUCUGUUUACACAUAUCUAUUACCUGUAUAUAGUUAUUGAAGACAAGGUGGCAGGAGGAGGCUGUAUUCCAGAUAGGAUGUUGCAGUCCCAUGCAACAGAAUUGGAGAUUAUAGUUUCACUGUUUUAAAAAAACAAAUGGGUUUGGCAUAAUAGACUCUGUACUGGCUACAUGAGUUUAUAUCAAGCAGGACUGAAAAAUGUGCUCUUGCAUUACUUCUGGUGAAAUUCAGUGCACUUGGCAUGUGUUUUCAUGCAGAAAUACUUAAUGCAUGUAGCUUUGCCCUUUCCCACAGCUGUAGUCUGGAUAAUGGCAGUGGCACAGUGCACUAAUGAGCCUAAAUGUAAAAUUAUUCCAGUGUACACAGUCGUUAUCUGCCCGGUCACCAAGUGCGUGUAGCUUUCUGUACACACAGUCGUGUUUGUAGUAAAGUAUUUUCAUGAGCUGUAAUGAUGAACAAUAUAGAGAUUUUGCCAGAAUCUAGAAUUGCCUAUAACAAAGAAAAGUGUCACUGAGGGAAAGUUGGACCAGGGUAUUUUAACUACUCCUGUGACAUACACAGUAUAUUUUACAGAUGUCCUUUGUUUUUACUCUUGUACAUUAUUGAGUGCAAUAUUCAUCAUUAAGCUUUAUCCCAGAUGUACACAGUCUUUGUUACAUUUUUUGAUAAAAUCUCACAGAGCACAUACUCUUCCUUUGCCAAAGUGACAGAAAAUUGUCAGCAAUCAUUUUUACUGUUUUUUUUUUGUCUAACUUAAAUCAUUUUACCAUCAGAAUUGUUUUUGAAAACAUUAAUGAAAUUUUAUAUUUGGGGAAAGUUGAGGAUUUUAAUUUUAUUUAAACUGGAACUAUUGUCCUGCUGUAUGUAAAUUUAAAUAUUGUAACAAAAUUUUGCUCAUUCAUUAUCCAGCUGUUUUGUUUUGUACAUGUGGCUUGUCCAAUAAAUAUUUGA